CUUCAUUUCAUACUUUAAUGUAUUAAAUGACGAUUGAACUACAACUUUCUUACAAGGCUCUGAACAUUCAGUUGCCGAUUUUGUGAUUGACAGCCCUGGCAUUACUUCUGUUGCUGUUACAUUUUGCUGCGUAUCGUCCGAGCCUGUCUGUUCAGGGUUACUCGCGGCAGUAAUUCGGAAGAUUCUGAGCCUUUCGAAAACAUUGAUGAUAUCGUUACACAUCCUUUAGCGUCUAUUUUUUGUGUUUUUUUUAUGUAAUAUUUACUAGCCAUGAUUGAAAAUAAGCGUCUACAGAUAAGGUAUAGAAUGUGUUUUGUGCGGCUCUAUAUACUCUUGUAUAAUGCGGAACAGUUCGAACGUCAUCGCUGAGAGUAAAUGCAUCCGGCAAAUACACCAAAAAAUCUGUGUCACUAAAGGCUUUAUUACGUCGCAAAUGAAGGGAAGUCACUCUUUCGAUAUUAAUUAUGUUUACUUUUUACGAUUUUGGAAGAUUUUAUUUUUUGGAAUUGGGAAAAAUGCAAUCAAAAUUUGAUUGGGAACGGGUCCGCUUUCUUUGGGAAUGCUUCCGUUUCCCGGAGGCGCAGAGAGUGCUGAAAAACCCCUUGCCCUGCUACAGUGCUAGUUUUCCCACUGGUUGUUGGUUUUAGUGAAACUCUUGAUUUAUGAGCGAAGGUGAACAUCUGUAGCCAUGAGUCGCAGGGAUAUCCCUGGUUUUGGGUUUGAUCCUGGUUUUGAACCUAAACCCUUUCAACCUCAACAGCCACCACCAGACAGUGCUUCAAUAUUUGGUCUCAUUUCCCGAGUAAACCAAGGUGUUGUGAGUCAGACUUCAAAAUGUAUCCUUGAGCAACCUGCCAGUACACAGCCUGCUGAAUCUGCAGAGUUACAGCAGGCAAAGUCAGUGGCAGAGAAAAUAACAAUGGCAAGACAUUUGCCACCCCAAUCAGUUAAAGACAGAGCUUUUUUAGAGGCAAAAGCUGCAGUUGAAAGAAUCCAAAAAGGUCAAACACUUGCAAGCAGUCCCACUGCUACACAUAUUAAGUUAGUCGCUCAAACUGUAAACCCUGAAACCAGUUUCAGAGUUCCUGAAUUACCUAGAGACAGCUCUGGUAGAGGUCCGUGUUUCAAAUGUCACAGUCAGCGUUUCUAAUCGCAAUCAGAGAGGUCAAGAUAGCAUUAAUGCACCCCAAGUGGCACCAAACAGAAGUAUUGUUGAUUAUGCUGAUGAUGACGAGGGUGUUAAGAUGUCGGGUUAUGGAAGAGACAAGGCUCUCGAAGAAAUUGACCGAUACAUGGCAAGGAAACGGGAUGUCCCAAUAACAGAUACUCAAAUUUCAAAGACACAUUAUCCUGAAAGUUAUACUAAAGAACCAGUUAAACGAAGGUUCAGAGAAUCAAAAGACAUUGAAAAAGACCACUAUGUUGAGCCUCAGAAAGAUGAGCAUGAGAAAUUAUUAGACACUUUAAGAAGGAAUAGAAUUGAAAGUGAGACAACUCAAGACUCAUCAAGGGUAAUUAAAGUUUUUGAUUACGGUCAUUCUCAAAAUUUUGUUGUUGAUAGGAUUGAAAAAGAUUCUGAAGAGAAAAAAGUAGAAAGGUAUUCCAGAGAAAAGCAAACUCACACAUAUAGAGAUGAUGGUAACAGAUAUGAAAGGUAUGAAAUUAUUGAAGAAGAUAAGUUUGUUGAUAGGAUUUCAGAAAAUAUAAGUAGAGCACCAAGUAAAAUGUUAAGACGUGACCAUUCUUUUGAAAGAGAUAUAGAUAAACCAUCUGGUUACUCGACAGAAAGAUACGACGAUGAUUAUAGGCGUCAAUACAAUGAAGAGAAACAUUCAUUUAAUGAGGAUUACCAUGGAAGACAAGGAUCACUUCCUUACACAAAAAUUGAUAUUCCCUAUGAUGAUGAUUAUGACUACAGAAAACGGUCAGCUACUGACAAAAAUAAUGAAGGUGCAAAAGGGAAAAUGCAUUCAGACACUGGGAAAGGUGAACUUGAAGCUGAUGAAAGUCCAAUCAACUGGAAUGAUAGUCAUCUUUUCGAUAAGCAGUUUGAUGAAGUUGUGGAAGGUGAACAUGACACACCUCUGUAUUCAGCUGAAAAUUUGGAAAGAAGAAGUUCUAAUGCCUAUAGUCAUGUUCAAGGUAAAAGUGAGGAAUUUGACGUAAGACCAAGAAAUAAUGAUGUUGGAUUUUGGGAAAGAUCUGAUUAUGGUGUUAAUAAGAAUGUUACUUCUAAAAACAGUGAUGAAUCGGUUCAUUGUUUUGAAAGAGUUACAAAAGGGACUGACAAUAAUGGUGUUAAUGAGAAUGAUUGGGUUAAGGAAUAUUAUGACUUCGAUCCUAAUUACAAAAGAAAUAAGAAAAGGGGCGAAGAUAAAGAUGUGAGCAAGAUUGACCAAACUUACGACAAUAUUGAUUUAGACAGACAUUACAAUAGAAAUGCUAAGGUGACAGAUUACGAUUAUGAAAUAGUUACUAGAGUGAGUGAAGACCGCACAAGAGUGAGUGAAGACCGUACAAGAGUGAAUGAAGACCGUACAAAAGUGAAUGAAGACCAUCCUCAGAGACAAAACAAAUAUCGAUAUGAAGACAACAGAAAUCGUUAUGACAAAUAUAAUCGUGAUAAUGUAGACAGAGAAUUUGAGACCCAGAGCAGAGAUGGAAGAAGCCAACAGCAAUUUAGGCAUAGACAGCCAUCAGAAGAGGAAGAUCAUAUGGGAGAAAAGCGAGUAUCCGAGGCAUAUUAUCAUCAAAGAAAAAUACCAAGCAAAGCACAGAGCAUACACGAUUCAGAUAGGCGGGAAAUGUAUGAUGUUGUGGUGGGAAAACAAGAAGAAUUUCCUUAUUUUGACGUACAAGAGAUUGAUACGUCGAUUGACAAGUUUGAAGAAAGGAAACCAAUUGACAGGUUUACUGAAAGAAAUAGGAGACCCUUUGAAAGUGGGGCUACUGGCAAUUUAGAACCUGACUCAGAAAAGAUAACUGGGGUUACAAGUGAUUUUUUCUGCAAGGACUGCAAUUUGGUCUGCGUGGAUGAGUCAGUGUUUGAAGCCCAUCUCAAGGGUGAUCUUCAUUUAUUGACAUUACAGAAGAAAGCACAAGAAUUGUUCAAUAUACAGGCCAAGACCAGUCGGUUUGACACAGACAAGUAUGGUAACCCUCUCAAGGCUCUGGUUGCUCCAACCACCUUGAUGACAGGGAUCAAUACAAGCGGCGUGAUGGUAACAUCCUCUCAAGAUGUUGCCUCAGACAGGACAGCUUCUGAGCACUCCAACACUGGCCCUUCCAGGCCCCAGGGUCCACACAGCAGCAACAGAGUUCAAGUGAUCCCCCCUAAGCCCCUUGGUCCAUUGGAAGCUCGCUCCAUCCACUACACGUGGCUGAUGCUGUACUGGCACACGCGAACCCCUGCUGAAGAGCAGCUGGUUGGGAAGUAUGUGGUAGAGUACAGGAACGCAAGGGAGACAAGCUGGGCUAGGGCCGGUCAGACCAAGCGCCAUGAAUUCGAAGUGACAGGACUGCAGGCAGGCACAGACUAUCUGUUCCGUGUGUACUCUGUCAAUGGUGAGGAGAAGAGCGAGAUGCUGGAGUCAGUGCUGAUAACAACGCAGAAACGUAGAGAUAUAGACAGAAGACUCUCUGAUCGUGAACAUGAACGGGGUCGUAGAUCACGAUCACGUGAGAGAAUUAGAAACCGUGAACAAGUUAGACCGAGAAUCCGAUCAGGAGAGUAUCGCAGGUCAAGAACGCCUGAGCGUAGACGUCGUUCAAGGUCACCAAAUUAUAAAAGGAGGUCAAGGUCACGGGAACGAAAAAAGUCACGUGAUAGCAGCAGUUCAAAAUCAAAGGAUACUGAGGGAGAUCAUAAGAAAGACAGUGACAGCAAGGGCGAAAACAAGGGGGGCCAAGAUUUGACAAAAGCAGACAAUGGCAGCUCAUUGGAGCCCGAACAUUUGAAAAUUGACAAAGUUGAAAAUGAAGCCCCAGAGAAAAAUGAGUCAGCUGAUGCAGAAACUACCAGAAAGAAUGAGGAGCCAGUGGUAGACAGAAAUGUUGAAUGCCUCUUGUAUAAGGAAUUUCAUACUGCCUUGGAAUCUCCACUUUUAGGUCUUGAGGACAUCUAUGAAUUCCAUGACUUCAAUGAGAAGAUUCCUCAGCACUACAUCUGCAAGCUGUGUAACAACAAGGGCAGUCACAAAGUUAUACUGCGACACAUCAUGGGAACACCACACAAGCUGGCUUUCUUUAAAAAGCACUAUCCUGAUCUACACGAAUCCAUAUCAAUGAUUGCAAUUAAGAAGCAGCAACAAGCAAGGUUGAACUACGAGGGUCGCAAAAUCGAGAGGGAAAAGGGACGUGGGGCUGUGAAAGUUUUACAUAUGCUUAAUCCUGUUGACAACAAGGGCAAGAAGAAAUACACCAAACCUGUGGCUGUACCUGCCCCACCCCUGGAAGGUUCAGAGGAACUUGGCAUCCCACCGGUGGCUGAGCAGAUUAUGUACCUGUCCCAGUUUGACCAGAUCUGCCAGGCAUACGAGCAGACGGGCGCAGAGGACAUAUGUAUCGUGGGGUUGGAUUUUAUCAAGGAGUUGAUGCAUCCGUUAAUGGCAGAAGAAUGCAAGUACUCGUGCUCUCUGUGCAAGAGUCUGUGCGGGGCCAGCACCAUCAUGUACCAUCUGGUAGGCAGACGGCAUCGGAUAGCAUACCUGAAAGCUAAUCAUCCUCAGGUGUGGAAUGAUUUAAAACACAGACGAGACCUGAAGUCAGUGCUAGUGGAUAAGAUACGGGUGCUGUCUAAGAAGGUUGGACGGGGCACUCUUGUCUCUAAGGUUGCACAGAAUGACAGGGCUUGGAGGAGAACCAAUAAGAAAAUAAAAGAGGUAGGGGAAGAAGGUGAAACCUACUAUGAGGAGGGGAACCAAUUACAUCUGGAUGAGGGGGAACCAGAUGAGAUUGAGGCCCAAGACGGGAUUGAAGAUGAGGCCCCUCAAGAGGUUCCUUUGCAGAAUGAGAAGAAAGUCCCCAGGGGCAUGCCAGCAAUCAAGUUUGAUAUCAAGAAAAUAGAACCAACAUCAACUGUUGUACAGCCUAUAAAUAUACUGGAACAAUCGCCUGCCAAAAAGGGAGUUUUUGACUGGAACAAAGAGAACAGUAUUUUGCAAGACAGAAUCCAGAACCAGUCCAUUAUCAAGAGCACCAGGAAGUCAAAGUUUAUCACAGUCUACUCAGGGUUCUUCCAAAGAUGUCCUGUCAUAGGUAUGCAGUGGGUGACUGAGUUCCAGAAACCUGAUGUAAAGCUGGAACCCUGGUUCCUGUGCUUCAUAUGUCAGCAGAGACUACAGUGGAAGAACAUACUGGACCAUGUCACCUCCACUGUGCAUCGGCUCAACUACAUGAAGAAGAGCAACUUUCGUGAGAAGUACAGCACCAUCUACACAGUGAUCAAGACAGACAAGGCGCACGCCAAGUCGCUGAUAGAGCAAUACAGUCGAGAGAUAAGUGAGCUGGAGGGACCCCCUACCAGUGUUGAGGUCAUGCUGGAGCUGAACAUCAACAUGGAGGCAUUCAAGGGCGUCAGCAAGAUACAAGAGAAUAUCAAAGCUCAUUCAGUCAGUAGCUCCCAUGUGGAGUCCAGUCUACAGGUCACAGCAGCGGACACGACUCUACCUUCCACUGUGUCAGCGUCAUCAGACAGUGUAACGUCCACAUCAUGUGCAUCAACAGAUACAGCAAUGGCACUCCCACAGUUAUCAACAUCAUUAUCAUUCCCCACGCUGAAUCCGAUGUCGACCACAGCGGGACACAGUGCCCCUUUCAUCGCUACUCCUAUAUUGGACCCUCAUAUUCCCCCGGUUCUCCCAGACAUGUCUGUACCUCCACCGGGCUUCCCACACUUCCCGUUACCCACAUUUCCUCCACCUCCCUUGGGCUCAAACAUGCAGACAGCCCCUCAUUUGUUACACGUGCCACCUAUCGGUUUCACUGGCAGUGGUGGAAACAUUUUGAACAUCCCUCCACCUGUUAGUCAUCACUCAAUGUUGCCUGGUCUGGGUUUAACAAGUGAUGCCAGCCUAUCAUACUCUGUGACCAAUACCAGUUUGCCAGGCCAGGUUCCAACAUGUAUGGCUCCAUCAUCUGUUUUCCAGCCACCAGCUUUUGUUCAGUCUUUGACUGGGUUUGAACCGUCAUCAUACCCACCGUAUUCUUCAGUGAACUCUAGAUCUGAAAUGUCGCAACCUGUGACAGUGACAAGCCAAUCAUAUUCACUGGCAGCACCUUUAAUAAGUGCAGCACCUCCAUUUACCGCAAGCACAGAUCACGUGACCAACUGGCAUGAUCCCCAUAAGUUGCCUAGCAACGAAUAUCAAGGAGCUUUGCCGCUGACAAGCGAAACCCCAUGGCAACAUACUGAAGAUAGCAGACGACAGGUAGAUUUAAGUUCCGCAAUAAACUGUGUCAGUUCUACUCGAGACAGCGAGUCAAGGCCAGGGCAGAUCAAUUUUUCAUCGCAAAAUGUUAGUUCAGAAUUUGAGGACUUACAAUCAAGACUACUUUCAGACAAUAGAUACCAUGAACGUGAGCGGUUUGAAAAUGAUGAAGUCGGUUAUGUGAAGGACGAAUAUAGUUAUGAAGGAACGUAUGAAAAGUACAGAGAUAGUCACGGGUACGAUCCUGAAAGGCCGGGAUUUGAUAGAGGCGAAAAACGAAAGUACGAAUCUUCAGGUAAUAGUAGGGACAGUCGCAGAAGGCAUUAUGAUCGUGGAUCUAGAACGAGGCACGAUCUGCGUUCUGAGAGUCCAAGUAGGAAAGAUAGAGAAGUGUACAGCAGACGACAUAGCCGUUCAAGGAGUCCAGAAAACCGUGUCCGAAAUGACCGCGAAAGGGAUCGGCAAAGGUCGCACAGCCCAUAGCGGUGCAAGGUCGACAAUUGUGCCAUAUGCUGACUCAACUGAGCAUGAGGCUCCACAUACUGAAACGUACUAUACAGGGCAAGAUGCUGAAAAUGAAUUGAAUGCCGAACAAGUCGAUAUGCUUGUGAGGCAGU